AGGAGUCCACAUCCUGAAGCACCUCACUGUAACUGUGUGGCUCGAAAACAGGACUGCUAGUUAGCUUAAACGCUGGCAGAAAGCUAAAAACAAAACCGUUUUUUAUUUAUUAUUUAGAGCAGUUUGUCGUCCUGAACUUCAGCCAGACUACCAGCUCACACACCAGCCGCAGACUGUACCAUGGUGGGUGUCAAAGUGAUCGGGAGCGACCCGGAUUUCCAGCCGGAGCUAGCGGCCGCCGGCUCCAGGCUCGCCGUGGUGAAGUUCACAAUGGCUGGGUGUCGGCCCUGUGUCAGAAUUUCUCCGGCUUUCAACAUGUUGAGCACCAAGUACCCACAGGUCGUCUUCCUUGAAGUAGAUGUUCAUGUCUGUCAAGCGACAGCAGCAGCUAACAACAUCUCAGCCACACCGACGUUCUUGUUCUUCAGGAACAGAGUGAGGGUGGAUCAGUAUCAGGGGGCAGACGCGUCGGGUCUGGAGGAGAAGAUUAAACAACACACAGAGAACGACCCGGGAAACAGUGAGGACUCCGACAUUCCAAAGGGAUAUAUGGACCUCAUGCCUUUCGUCAACAAAGCCGGCUGCGAGUGCCUCAACGAGAGCGACGACUGCGGCUUCGAUAACUGCUUAAUCAAAGACUCCACCUACCUGGAGUCUGACUGCGAUGAACAGUUGCUGAUAACCAUGGCCUUUAAUCAGCCAGUGAAGCUCUUCUCUAUGAAGCUGCUGUCCUCAGACUUUGCCCAAGCCCCUAAAGUGGUGAAGGUGUUCAUAAAUCUCCCCCGGUCGAUGGGUUUUGAUGACGCUGAGAGGAGUGAAGCCACCCAGGCCCUGGAGCUUUCAGAGGAAGACUACAAAGAGGACUGUUUGAUCCCUCUGCGCUACGUCAAGUUUCAGAACGUUCAGAGUGUUACGUUGUUCAUCAAGUCAAACCAAGGAGACGAGGAGACGACAAAAAUCAACUACCUGACAUUCAUAGGCACGCCUGUACAGGCCACCAACAUGAACGACUUCAAGAGGGUUGUUGGAAAGAAAGGGGAGAGUCACUGAGUAAGACGACGAAUGCCACAAUGAGAAGAAGAGGAAUAGGAGGCUGCAGAUACAUCCACAGACUUUCCCUCUGCCAAAGCUGCCACACACACUCACACACACCUACACUCAUGCACACAGACGGACACACACACAGCCUCCAGCUGACUUCUUCGAGAUCUGAAUGAAUUCUUCAUCCUUGGAGAGUCAACCUUUAAAUCGUUUGUAUUGUAAUUCUAAUGAAGAUCACUGUAAAUAAAACACAAUCCUUUUUCAAAGGCA